AUGCACGUCCUAGUCCGAACUCUAUCCGUACUGCGUUGUAACAUCUUUUCUGCUUAUCGUCGUCGCUAUGCGUCGUCUACCUUUGGCGUUGUUUUUGAUGUAGAUGGUGUGCUACUGCGUGGCAAGACACCAAUUCCAGGGGCACGGGAGGUUUUAGUAGAGCUUAAGGCGACCAACAUUCCGUUUGCAAUUAUGACUAAUGGUGGUGGCUACGCAGAAGACAAAAAAGCGCGCCAACUUGAACGAAUCUUGGGUGGUAAUGUAUCAAUACCUACUGAGUUUAUCUGCAUGAGUCAUACGCCUAUGCGUCAACUAGUGAAUAAACACGGCCAUGAACUGGUACUAGCAGUCGGAAAAGAUUGUAACGAGAUGAGAAAAGUGAUGGCCAAUUACGGCUUCAAGCACGUUAUAACAGUGGAUCAGUUACAUCGUCAUUUUCCUACUAUGUACCCGGAUGUGAACGUGACUGAGCUCCUACACCAUGACGGACGUUUUGAUAAGCAGCCGUUCGCUGCUGUUUUUGUGCUCAUUGACCCGAUCUAUUGGGGGAGAGAACUGCAGCUUGUCAUGGACGUCUUGUGCUCACCCAAUGGGCUAUUGGGACAACGGACAGUCGAAGGAGAUGGCAAUGGUGAACGUCAACAUAUCCCGCUGUAUUCGGCGUGCUCGGACUUUCAGUAUGUGGGUGAAUUUCAUCUCCCACGGUAUGGUGCAGGAGCUUUUCACGCUGUCUUGGAGGAUCUAUUUACUCGUACAACGGGACACAUGCUAAAAAAGACACUGUUUGGUAAGCCUCAGCGCACAUCGUUCACGUUUGCUGAGACGCUCAUUGACGCACAGCAUGACAAUGUUGAACGCAUUUAUAUGAUCGGAGACAACCCAAAGACGGACAUCCAUGGCGCCAACGAGGCUGGUGGUAGAUGGAAAUCUGUGCUUACGUUGACGGGCAUGCACAAUGGGCCAAAUAAUCACGAGGAGCAUCCGGCGUACAAAGUUGUGGACGACGUAGCACAGGCGCUGGUCUUUAUCAAGCAGGACUUUGCAAGAUUACAAGCAGAAAAGUCGGCAAAGUGA